CGCUGCUCACUCUCUCUCUCUUUCUCUCUCCUAAAGUGUUUUUUGUGUUGUGUUGCUUGGCCUUGUUUAUCAACCAAAUCUGGAGCCACCCAUUUCUCUGUUCUUCCCUUUGAAAGCAAAAUGCACGCCUCCUCCAUUCCCCAAACUUGAAUGCUUUUGAGGCACCUCUCAAAGAAUCUUAAUCGCUAUUCACUGAAUCUAAUUUCCCAUUUUCUUCGUCCCUUCCUUUUCGGGUCGCUCAUAUGAACGCUCAUUGAAUUCCUUCCUUCCAUACCCUUUUCCUGCAAACAAGGUCUUUCCUUUCAACAACAAUGGAAGGGGAAAUAUCAUGGAUAAGCCACUAUGAUAACAGACGAAGGGAGAUUCGGGAUUUUGUUUCACUUUCAGAACCUGGUGAGGAAGAUGAAAAAGAAGGAACUAUUGUUUCUGUGGAUGAAGUUUUGCCUGGUGACUUGUUGGAACAUAUCCUAAUGUAUCUCCCCAUUGCGAGCAUUUUUAGAGCUUGUUGUGUGUGUAAAAGAUGGCGUGAAAUUGUUACUAAAGAGAGGUUUUUAUCGAACCUUUCACAUAUUCUUCCGCAGAAACCUUGGUACUUUAUGUUUACAAACUGUGAUGAACCAAUCGGUUAUGCUUUUGAUCCCUUCCUUCGCAAAUGGUAUGGCGUUGAACUUCCAUGCAUUGACACUUCUAAUUGGUUUAUUGCUUCAUCCGGUGGCAUGGUUUGCUUCAUGGACUAUGACAUCAAGGAUGAAUUAUACGUCUGCAACCCUAUUACCAAAAGCUACAAGAAACUUGAGGACCAUCCAGCUUUGAAAUUUUCUGAUUACAAUGCAUUAGCACUCUCAGUGAACAGGGAAUCUCACAGUUACACCGUGGCAAUUGUAAGAUCUAAGCAAGUCCCAAAAACCUUUUUCGAGUGGGAUAUCUCAAUUCAUUUAUACCAUUCAGAAAAAGUAACUUGGGAGACACCUUUAACAGAGGUUUCGAUGGGUUGGAGAGGUGGUAACGAGAGUGUGAUAUGUAAUGGGGUGCUAUACUUUUUAGCUUACUCAACUGGAGGCGGCCUGCUGGAAAAUCGCCAUGCCCUAGUUGCAUAUAAUUUGUCCAACUGUUCUUCUCAAGAUAGCUUAACAACGAGCUUUAUUCCAGUACCUUGUUAUCUAACAUGUGCCCGUCUAAUGAAUUUGAAGGGGAAGCUUGUAAUGGUGGGAGGAAUCGGUAAAUCAGCUCGACAUGACAUAAUAAAAGGAGUUGGUAUAUGGGUUCUGAAUGAUAGGAAGUGGGAAGAGAUUGGACGAAUGCCGCUCAAAUUCUUCCAAGGCUUUGGGGAGUUUGAUGAUGUUUUUGCUAGUAGUGGUGCAGAUGAUCUUAUAUUUAUUCAAAGUUAUGGAGCUCCCACUCUUCUCAUAUAUGACAUGAGCCAUAACCAAUGGAAAUGGUCACCAAAGUGCCCUGUGACAAAAAGAUUUUCCCUGCAGUUCUUUACUGGUUUUUGCUUUGAGCCUAGGCUUGAAAUUGCUCCAUAGAUCUCCAUACAAUCAAUGCUGUUAUUGAGACUUGUAUCUGAGGCUCUUCAGCUUAUGUUCUUCCUUGUUCUUUGAGCUAAAAUUUAAUAUGAUUUUUGUAUGUUAGCAUUUCAUACAAGAUGUAUUUGCUGAUAAAACUUCUUAGUCAUGAAUACGAGAUUAUUAUUCAAAGCA